AUACUUCAAAUGACAGGUGAAAGAUUUAGGCCAUCCCUUAAUUAAUGUGUUUUCACUUCGUCUCACACUGUAGAAACGAAAUGUGGUCUAAACACAACUUGAUACAUCAAAUACUGUGUAGACUGCUACAUUCAUUCAAUAAAAUGUUUACACAUUUUCUUGGCCUAAUAUAUGUCAGUCAAUUUGAAACUAAAUUCUUGUAUAUCUCAUAUUUUUCAUGCAAAUCAUGUAUAAUUACCAUCAUGGAAAUACAUAAGAAUAAAAUUAUUCUGUGGUGCUCCUAUAAUAAAAUGCACAUUAUGAAUUUUAUGGUAGGGCUAACAGUUAUAUAUUCGGUGAUAUAUCAAGUUACAUGUAUAUACUCUCAAUCGAUUGGCAGAUAUAUCCUGUCAUAACGGUUCAUCACGAUGUUAAUUUGAGCGUGUCCUUUAUAACUUAGAUUAAUAAAUUGAGUUAAAUAACGGACUUGUUCAAUUACCUUUAUAAAGAAAGUUCUAUAAAACCGUCUGAGCACACAUGUGUUGGAUAUUAUAUUGGUCGUUAUUUAUGAGAAUUAUAUGUUUGGAUUGGAUGAUUUAAUUGUGAUUCGGGUUUGGAUAUUUCGACAUGGAAAUAUUUGUUGUUUGGCAUGUUAUCAUUACUUGUGUUAUAAUGACAAAAUGCCAGGCAGUGUAUCCUAUGGAAGGCCUUAUGACAGAUUACGUGUCAGAAUCAUUUACAAUGUACGAAACUACAUCUAUUUCGGAAACUGUUUCUUAUUCCACAACUGCGAGUGCAACACUAAAUAACGUUGCAAGUGAUUCAGGUGCAGCUGUGACUCACACUGGUUCAACAUUUUUAACUGAACUAACUGCUUCCUCUGGAUUUACUGUGUCUUCUGAACUAAGCAUUGCUUCUUCAUCAUUUACAUCCAGUGAAACUGUAUCAUCACAGAACCGCAGCGGACGAAGCACUGGAACAAAUGACACAUUAACAGCUUCACCACAUGUCACAUCUCAGAUUAUCACCAGUACAACGUAUACAACUUCUCAACAUGUUAUAUAUACAUCUCCUCCACUUGACACACUUCAGUUAACCACACAUUCAACAAAUACAAUAUCUCUCUAUGCCACACCUCGGAUUACCACAAGUACAACGAAUACAACUUCUCUACAUACCACACCUCAGAUAAGAACAAGUACAAUGAAUACAAUUACUCCAUAUACCACAUCUCAAAUUACCACAAGUACAACGAAUACAACUACUCCAGAUACCACACCUCAGAUUACUACAAGUGAAACAACAUCUCCAUAUACCACACCUCAAAUUACCACAAGUACAACGAAUACAACAUCUCCAUAUACCACACCUCUGAUUACCCCAAGUACAACGAAUACAACAUCUCCAUAUACCACACCUCAGAUUACCACAAGUACAAUGAAUACAACCUCUCCAUAUACCACAUAUAAAAUUACCACAAUUUCAACGAAUACAACUUUUCCAUAUGCUACAUCUCAGAUUACAUCAAGUACAACGAAUACACAUUCUCUGCAUACUACUCAUCAAAUUAUCUCAAGUACCACGGAUACAACUUUUCCAUAUGCCACAUCUCAGAUUACAUCACGUACAACAAACACAAUUUCCACACAUACCACACCUCAGAUUUCCACCAGCACAAUGAAUACAACUUCUCCACAUACCACAACUCAGGUUACCACCAGCACAGUGAAUACACCUUCUCUACAUACCACACCUCAUAUUACCACCAGCACAAUGAAUACAAUUUAUGUACAUACCACACCUCAGAUUACCACCAGCCCAGUGAAUACAACUUCUCAACAUACUCCACCUCAUAUUACCACCAGUUCAACGAAUACAACUUCUCAACAUACAACACUUCAUAUUACCACCAGCACAGUUAAUACAACUUCUCAACAUACCAAAUCUCAGAUUACCACCAGCCCAGUUAAUACAACUUCUCCACAUACCACACCGCAGAUUACCACCAGCCCAGUGAAUACAAUUUCUCCACAUCCCACUGAAUCGCUUAAUACAACACCGGUUACUACACAGCUAACACAUACGUUUGAGUCGACUUCGAUGUCUCAGAAUUUCUCCGGCUCAACAGAAGUAUUUUCAACAACUGAACACCCAGUUUCUACUGAGGGCCAAGGAAAAACAACUAUUAACACUGAAACGCAAACAGGGGAUGAAACAACGUUGGAGAAAUUCUCAACAACUACAACAAAAACAUCAGCAACAACAGCAAGAUAUGAGACAGACUGUGGUGCGUUAUCCAUUUCAAAUGCAAAUGUGAAUGACAGCGCAACCACCUAUGGAACAGUUGUAGAAAUAACGUGUAAAGAAGGGUACAACAUCAGUGGGAAUACAACAGUAGAGUGUCAGGCUGAUGGUGUCUGGAGUGGGUCUGCAAUUUGUGAUCCAGUCGAUUGUGGGUCACAGUUUAACAUCAGUGAUGGUACUAUUAGCCUUACCAAUGACUCUGAUACCACAUACGGAGCAUCAGCCGAAGUCAACUGUGAUUAUGGAUAUGAAACAAAUGCAUCGACAAUAUACUGUCAGAUUUUUGGUGUUUGGGAAAAUUCAGUAUGUACGAAAAAAGAUUGUGGGCCAGUGCCGGAAAUAAUGUAUGGAAAUGCAACGCUCAGUGUUGAGAAUGAAACUACUUUUGGAGCUCAAGCAACAGUGGUUUGUGAGACAGGAUACACUACAGAAAUAGUUAACAAUUUGUACGAAGUAUUUUACAUCUACUGUAGAGGAUCGGGCGAAUGGGAUAAUCGUACUUGUAGUAUUACAGAUUGUGGACAGCUGCCAAACGAUACAUUUUACGGGGAACUUACGCUUGAUAAUGAAGGAAUAACAACUUACGGAGCCACAGCGACGUUAAAGUGUGUAACAGGAUACGAAACCAGCAUGCCUAAUAUAACUUGUCAGACAUUAGGCGCUUGGUCUGAAUUUGAAAACUGUGUAGUUAAAGACUGCAAUGCAGUUCCAAAUAUCUAUAAAGGAACAGUCAUAUUAGCUGAAGACGGUAACACAACCUACGGUGCCCUUGCUAACGUAACCUGUGAAGAAGGUUAUAAUACCAGCACGGAAAUAAUACAGUGUCUUGAUACAGGAACCUGGGAAAAUACUACGUGUGAAAAAAUUGAUUGUGGAAUGCCACCGAACGAUACAAUGUAUGGAGAACUUACUCUUGACAAUGAAGGAAUAACAACUUACGGUGCUACUGCGACGUUAAACUGUGUUGUAGGAUACGAGACUAGCACGCCUAAUAUAACUUGUCAGAAAUUAGGCACUUGGUCUGAAUUUGAAAACUGUGUAGUUAAAGACUGUAAUGCAGUUCCAGAUAUCUAUAAAGGAACAGUCACGUUAGCUGAAGACGGUAACACAACCUACGGUGCCCUUGCUAACGUAACUUGUGGAGAAGGUUAUAAUACCAGCAUGGAAAUGAUACAAUGUCUUGAUACAGGAACCUGGGAAAAUGCUACAUGUAAAAUGAUUGAUUGUGGAACACCGCCAAACAAUACAAUGUAUGGAGAACUUGCUCUCGACAAUGAAGGAAUAACAACUUACGGUGCUACUGCGACGUUAAACUGUGUUGUAGGAUACGAGACUAGCACGCCUAUAAUAACUUGUCAGAAAUUAGGCACUUGGUCUGAAUUUGAAAACUGUGUAGUUAAAGACUGUAAUGUAGUUCCUGAUAUCUAUAAAGGAACAGUCACACUAGCUGAAGACGGUAACACAACCUACGGUGCCCUUGCUAACGUAACCUGUGAAGAAGGUUAUAAUACUAGCAUGGAAAUAAUACAGUGUCUUGAUAUAGGAACGUGGGAAAAUGCUACGUGUGAAAUAAUUGACUGCGAUGAUCCUAGACCAACAUACGGCAUUGCAAAUGACACAAGCACUUACUACGGUGCAGUGAUAAAAAUAACCUGCUAUCAAGGUUUCAAUAUUACAGGAAAUUCGUCUAUCAUAUGCCAGUCUAAUGGAAAAUGGAGUGAUAAUCCCACAUGUGAAAUCAUAGACUGUGGCGACCCAUCUCCAGAGAAUGGUGGGGUAGAUUUCUUGAUUGGCAAAACAUUUUAUGGAGAUGUAGCCUUCAUUACAUGUGAUGAAGGAUACACACCUUCAUACAACUCCAGCAUUUCGUGUCAAGCCAAUGGAACAUGGAGUUCACUGCCAGGCUGUUUACCAAAAGAUUGUGGACCUCUAACAGCCAUACUAAAUGGAGAAAGUGUUCUUGGUGACACUGCAAACUCAACAUUUGGGGCAACAGCGACUGUCAUAUGUGAUACAGGCUAUAUUGCGAAUACAACAAACAUAACGUGUUUAGCUUCAGGGAAAUGGGAAGUAGCAAAAUGCUCUGUCGUCGACUGUAAAAAUGUAACGGGUAUCUCACAAGGAACUGCAGUACUACUUGAGGACGGAAAUACAACGUAUGGUGCCUACGCAGCUGUUACUUGUGAAACUGGUUAUAAUGCAUCUUUGGACACAAUACAGUGUUUGGAAGCAGGAGGUUGGGAAAAUUCAACAUGUGAAUUAAUAGAUUGUGGACCACUUACUGCCAUAAUAAAUGGAGAAAGUGUUCUUGGUGACACUACAAACUCAACAUAUGGGGCAACAGCUACAGUCACAUGUGAUACAGGCUAUAUUGCGAAUACAACAAACAUAACGUGUUUAGCUUCAGGGAAAUGGGAAGUAGCAAAAUGCUCUGUCGUCGACUGUAAAAAUGUAACGGAUAUCUCACAAGGAACUGCAGUACUACUUGAGGACGGAAAUACAACGUAUGGUGCCUACGCAGCUGUAACUUGUGAAACUGGUUAUAAUGCAUCUUUGGACACAAUACAGUGUUUGGAAGCAGGAGGUUGGGAAAAUUCAACAUGUGAAUUAAUAGAUUGUGGACCACUUACUGCCAUACUAAAUGGAGAAAGUGUUCUUGGUGACACUACAAACUCAACAUUUGGGGCAACAGCGACAGUCACAUGUGAUACAGGCUAUAUUGCGAAUACAACAAACAUAACGUGUUUAGCUUCAGGGAAAUGGGAAGAAGCAAAAUGCUAUGUCGUCGACUGUAAAAAUGUAACGGAUAUCUCACAAGGAACUGCAGUACUUCUUGAUGACGGAAAUACAACGUAUGGUGCCUACGCAACUGUAACUUGUGAAACUGGUUAUAAUGCAUCUUUGGACACAAUACAGUGUUUGGAAGCAGGAGGUUGGGAAAAUUCAACAUGUGAUUUAAUAGACUGUGGACCUCUUACAGCCAUACUAAAUGGAGAAAGUGUUCUUGGUGACACUACAAACUCAACAUUUGGGGCAACAGCGACAGUCACAUGUGAUACAGGCUAUAUUGCGAAUACAACAAACAUAACGUGUUUAGCUUCAGGGAAAUGGGAAGAAGCAAAAUGCUAUGUCGUCGACUGUAAAAAUGUACCGGAUAUCUCACAAGGAACUGCAGUACUACUUGCGGACGGAAAUACAACGUAUGGUGCCUACGCAGCUGUAAAUUGUGAAGCUGGUUAUAAUGCAUCUUUGGACACAAUAAAGUGUUUUGAAGCAGGAGGUUGGGAAAAUUCGACAUGUGAAUUAAUAGAUUGCAAUGAUGUUCCAGACAUUACUAAAGGAACGGUCACACUAGUUGAAGACGGUAAUACAACUUAUGGUGCCCUUGCUAACCUAACCUGUGACAAUGGUUACAAUGCUAGUUCUAAAACGAUACAGUGUCUUGAUACAGGAAGGUGGGAAGCGACGACUUGUGAAGUAGUUGACUGUAAUACAAUCCCUGUAAUUGCUGAUGGGAACAUCACACUCCUAGAAGACGAAAAUACCACGUAUGGUGCAUUAGCCGAAGUAACAUGUGCAAAGGGUUACAACACGUCAUUAGAUGUGAUUCAGUGUCUUGAAACGGGAGAUUGGGAUAUACCUUCAUGUGAUGUCAUAGAUUGCAGUGAUGUUCCAGACGUUACCAAAGGAACAGUCACACUAGUUGAAGACAGUAACACAACUUAUGGUGCCCUUGCUAAUGUAACAUGUGAAGAUGGUUAUAAUGCUAGUUCAGAAACAAUACAGUGUCUUGAUACAGGAAAGUGGGAAGCGACAUCAUGUGAAAUAGUUGAUUGUAAAAUGGUAUCGGAUAUCCAAAAUGGAACUAUAACAUUGCUCGAGGGCGGAAAUACAACUUACGGUGCCCUGGCUAAUGUUUCUUGCGAAAUAGGUUACAAUGCUUCUGUGGAUAUAAUACAGUGCACUAAAGCAGGGAUAUGGGAAAGCUCAACAUGUGAAAUAAUAGAUUGUAAAUCAGUACCAGAUAUAACAAUGGCAAAUGUAACAUUAGCCGAGGAUGGACACACCAGCUAUGGUGCCGUGGCUUACGUUUCCUGUGAAAAUGGUUAUAAUAAUAGUUUAGGGAUUAUACGCUGUCUUGAAACAGGACGUUGGGAGAUUCCGAUUUGUGAAAAGAUAGACUGUAAUACCAUCCCUGUAGUUGCUGAUGGGACCAUCAAACUUUUAGUAGAAGGAAACACCACUUAUGGUGCAUUAGCCGAAGUAACAUGUGAAAAAGGUUACAACACGACAUUAGAUGUGAUUCAGUGUCUUGAAACGGGAGAUUGGGAGAUACCUUCAUGUGAUAUCAUAGAUUGCAAUGAUGUUCCAGACAUUAUCAAAGGAACAGUCACAUUAGUCGAAGACAGUAACACAAAUUAUGGUGCCCUAGCUAACGUAACAUGUGAAGAUGGUUAUAAUGCUAGUUCAGAAACAAUUCAGUGUCUUGAUACAGGAAAGUGGGACACGACAACAUGUGAAAUAGUUGAUUGCAAUGAUGUUCCAGACAUAACCAAAGGAACAGUCGCAUUAGUUGAAGACAGUAACACAACUUAUGGUGCCCUUGCAAACGUAACCUGUGAAGAUGGUUACAAUGCUAGUUCAAAAACAAUACAGUGUCUUGAUACAGGAAAGUGGGAAGCAACAACUUGUGAAAUAGUUGAUUGUAGUAUUUUAUCGGAUAUCCCAAAUGGAACUGUGACAUUGCUCGAGGACGGAAAUACAACCUACGGUGCCCUGGCUAAUGUUUCUUGCGAAACAGGUUACAAUGCGACUGUGGAUAUAAUAAAGUGCACUAAAGCAGGGAUGUGGGAAAUAUCAACAUGUGAAAAAAUAGAUUGUAAAUCAGUACCAGAUAUAACAAUGGCAACUGUGACAUUAGCCGAGGAUGGGAACACCAGGUAUGGUGCUGUCGCUUAUGUUGCCUGUGAAAAUGGUUAUAAUAAUAGCCUAGAGAUUAUACGAUGUCUUGAAACAGGAAGUUGGGAGAUUCCGAUUUGUGAAAAGAUUGAUUGCGGCGAAUUAGAAAAUCCAACAAACGGAGCAGUAAACAUAUCUAAGGGAACAACAUUUGGUGCUACGGCAAGUUAUAGUUGUGAUGAAGGUUUCACUCUUGUUGGUGAUGAAACACGUAAUUGUGGACCAAGUGGCAAAUGGAGCAAUAUGAAACCAGACUGUGCACAACAAGGUGAUAGGAAGUGUUCGGAAGACACAGACUCAAGAGGUACUGUCUGGAAUGAAAUAGCAGCUGGGAAAACCAGAAUCUACGAUUGUAAAACAAAUUUUACAGGAAGUAAAACGAGGCACUGUGAUACGGACGGAACAUGGGCGUUUCCUAAAUAUGAAUGUAUACGUGAAACAGUUAAAAAUGCUGUCAGCCAGUCGAAUUUACUGAAUAAAAAUGCAACACAGCUAGACGUAAGAAACGUUUUACAAGAUCUGAAAGGUGUAACGUCACAAGACGAAAGCAUAGAGGAAGGCGAUAAACUGACAGACUUGGAAAUGACAAACUUGGUGACAUCUAGUGUGGGGAUUGCAGAGUUAUUGUCUUCUUCGCCAGAUUUAUUGAAUGCUGACAUAACUAAUGACUUUACUGAGUAUAUAAGCAACUUAUUAGAUCCUACGAAUAUAGAGAGUUGGAAUGCCAUAUCGCAAACGAGUAGCAGUGCGGCUGAAAGUGUCUUAUCAAGCGUAGAUACACUUGGUGAAGCGCUUGGAAAAUAUGUCGCAUCAUCGGGCACAGCCCUUCCUCCAGUCGUGAAAAAGAACAUAGCUGUUCAAGUAAAGCAGAUUUCAUCAGAUGAGUUUGUUUUCCCUGGUUCCGAUGCCAAACAGGACACUGUAGACGGCAUUUGGCUCGUAGAUACAAAGAGUAAAGUCCAAUUUAAUCCAGACUCAUUGCAAGGAGAAACUGACCAAGAGUUUAUUGUCACAGCGGCAAUGUAUAAAGAUUUGUCAGAUAUUCUGCCAGAUAAAAGUGAAGAUGAAAAACUCAAUGGUCAGAUUGUCGCAUUUUCAACAUGGCCUCCUGUAUCAGGCGAGAUUAAUCCACCGGUCACUAUAACUUUUGAGCAAACAAACGAUGAUACUGGCAGUUCAGGAUCAUACUGGCAAUUCAGUCUCAUACUGGCAAUUCAGGAAUAUUUGGCAAUUCAGCGUCAUGCUGGCAGUUCAGGAUCAUACUAUUUGUUCAGGAUCAUACUGGCAGUUCAGGAUCAUACUGGUAGUUCAGGAUCAUACUGGCAAAUCAGCAACAUACUGGCAGUUCAGGAUCACUCUGGCAAUUUAGAAUCAUACUAG